CGGUGCGCUGCGGCCGUUCCGCUUCCGCGUGGCCGCGGCCGUCGGUCUGUCCGGCCGUCGGUGCCCGGUGUCUGUCUGUCCGUCCCGGCCGUCGCUCGGUCCGUCCCUGGGCCGGUGCUCGGCGGCGCCAUGAACCGGCCGAAGGCGGCGGCCGUGCGGCGGCCCAGCGCCGUGCCCAAGCCCUCCGCGCACCCGCCGCCCGGAGACUUCAUCGCGCUGGGCUCCAAGGGGCAGAGCGGCGAGGGCAAGGCCGCCGUCACGCUGCUGAAGCCGGCGCCGCCCGGGCUGCCCUCGGAGCGCAAGCGGGACGCGGCCGCCGCCUUGGCCGGCCCGGCGGGGCUGCCCGGGCUGAGCAAGCGGCCCAAGCUCUCCUCCACGCCGCCCCUCAGCGCCCUGGGACGCCUGGCAGAGGCGGCCGUGGCGGAGAAAAGAGCCAUCUCGCCCUCCAUCAAGGAGCCGUCUGUCAUCCCCAUCGAAGUCGUCCCCACAGUGCUGCUGGAUGAGAUUGAGGCAGCAGAGGCAGAGGGCAACGAUGACCGUAUCGAGGGGGUGCUGUGUGGAGCUGUGAAGCAGCUGAAGAUGAACAGAGCCAAACCUGACACCACUCUCUACCUGAGCCUCAUGUACCUGGCAAAAAUCAAACCCAACAUAUUUGCCACUGAAGGGGUCAUUGAGGCACUGUGCAGCCUACUCCGAAGAGAUGCUUCCAUCAAUUUCAAAGCCAAAGGGAAUAGUCUUGUGUCUGUCUUGGCAUGCAACCUUCUCAUGGCAGCUUACGAAGAGGAUGAGAACUGGCCAGAGAUCUUUGUCAAGGUGUACAUCGAGGACUCCCUUGGGGAGCGCAUCUGGGUGGACAGCCCUCACUGCAAGACAUUUGUGGAUAACAUCCAGACAGCUUUUAACACAAAGAUGCCUCCUAAGACCAUGCUCUUGCAUGGAGAAGUUGGACGUAGUGGAGGGGACCUUAGUGCUGGGAGUAGCCCACACCCUUCCAUGACAGAGGAGGAGGACAGCCAGAGUGAGCUGCUGAUUGCAGAGGAGAAAAUGAGCCCGGAGCAGGCGGGCCAGCUCAUGCCCAGGUAUGAAGACCUUGCAGAGAGUGUGGAGGAAUAUGUGCUGGACAUGCUCCGGGACCAGCUGAACCGGCGGCAGCCCAUGGACAAUGUCUCCAGGAACCUCCUGCGGCUCCUCACAGCAACCUGUGGCUACAAAGAGGUGCGCCAGAUGGCCGUGCAGAGGCUGGAGAUGUGGCUGCAGAAUCCAAAGUUGACCAAGCCAGCUCAGGACUUGCUGAUGUCAGUCUGUAUGAACUGUAACACCCACAGCUCAGAGGACAUGGAAGUUAUCUCCAACCUGAUCAAAAUUCGUCUCAAGCCAAAAGUCCUUCUCAACCACUACAUGCUGUGUGUCAGGGAGCUGCUGAAUGCACACAGGGAUAACCUGGGCACCACCAUUAAGUUUGUGAUUUUCAAUGAACUAUCAAAUGCAAGAAAUCCCAACAACAUGCAGAUCCUGUAUACUGUGCUUCAGCACAGCUCAGAGCAAGCUCCAAAGUACCUGGCAAUGGUGUUCCAGGACCUGUUGACCACCAAGGACGAUUACCUGCGAGCUUCACGGGCUCUGCUGAGAGAGAUCAUCAAACAGACAAAGCAUGAGAUCAACUUCCAGGCCUUCUGUCUGGGCCUCAUGCAGGAGCGGAAGGAGGCCCUCUAUGCAGAGAUGGAAUUCAAGGAGCGAUUUGUCAUCCACAUAACCGACCUGCUAGCUGUCUCCAUGAUGCUUGGUAUCACAGCCCAGGUGAAGGAGGCUGGAAUUGCUUGGGACAAAGGAGAGAAAAAGAACCUGGAAGUGCUGCGCUCUUUCCAGAACCAAAUUGCUGCUAUCCAGCGUGAUGCUGUCUGGUGGCUGCAUACAGUUGUUCCAUCUAUCAGCAAGCUGGCUCCUAAGGACUAUGUGCACUGCCUCCACAAGGUGCUUUUCACAGAGCAGCCAGAAACCUACUACAAAUGGGACAACUGGCCCCCUGAGAGUGACCGCAACUUCUUCCUGCGCCUGUGCUCCGAGGUGCCCAUCCUGGAGGACACGCUGAUGCGCAUCCUGGUCAUCGGGCUGUCGCGGGACCUGCCCCUGGGCCCCGCCGACGCCAUGGAGCUCGCCGACCACUUGGUGAAGAGGGCUGCAGCUGUGCAAGCAGAUGAUGUUGAGGUCCUGAGGGUAGAAAGAAUCCAGCUGAUCGAUGCAGUCUUAAAUCUGUGCACUUAUCACCAUCCAGAGAAUAUCCAGCUACCUCCAGGGUACCAGCCUCCAAAUCUAGCUAUUUCUACUCUAUACUGGAAAGCCUGGCCUCUCCUGCUCGUAGUGGCUGCAUUCAAUCCUGAAAAUAUUGGUCUGGCUGCAUGGGAGGAGUACCCCUCUCUAAAGAUGCUCAUGGAAAUGGUCAUGACCAAUAAUUAUUCCUAUCCUCAAUGUACCUUGACGGAUGAGGAGACACGCACAGAGAUGAUUAAUCGUGAACUUCAAAUCUCCCAGAGAGAAAAACAGGAGAUUCUUGCAUUUGAAGGUCAUCUGGCAGCUGCAUCCACAAAACAAACAAUUACAGAGAGCAGCAGCCUCUUGCUGUCCCAGCUGACAAGUCUGGACCCUCAGGGCCCCCCUCGCAGACCUCCACCCCAUGUUCUGGAGCAGGUGAAGAGCCUGAACCAGUCUCUUCGCUUGGGCCACCUUCUGUGUCGCAGUCGCCAUCCUGACUUUCUUCUCAACAUCAUCCAGAGACAGGCCUCAUCACAGUCAAUGCCAUGGCUGGCAGAUCUGGUUCAGUCCAGUGAGGGCUCCUUGGAUGUCCUGCCCGUGCAGUGUCUUUGUGAGUUCCUGCUUCAUGAUGCUGCUGAUGAAUCAACCUCAGGUGAAGAAGAAGAGGAGGGUGAGAGUAAGGACCAGCGUGCCAAGAAACGCCAGAGACAGCAGAAACAAAGGCAGUUGCUUGGACGCUUGCAAGACUUGCUGUUGGGACCCAAAGCAGAUGAACAGACAACCUGUGAGGUGCUUGAUUACUUCCUGCGGCGCCUGAGCUCCUCCCAGGUGGCUUCCAGGGUCCUGGCCAUGAAGGGCCUGUCCUUGGUGCUGUCGGAAGGAGGAAUGCGUGAUGGGGAAGAGAAGGAUCACCCCAUGGAAGAAGACUCUGGUGAUUCUGAGCUGCUGCAGGGAUAUCAGUGGCUGCUGAGGGACCUCCCAAGGCUGCCACUGUUUGACAGUGUGAGAGCCACGACAGCUCUGGCCUUGCAGCAGGCUAUCCACAUGGAGACAGAUCCCCAGACCAUCAGUGCUUACCUGGUGUACCUCUCCCAGCACGCCCCAGUGGAGGAGCAGGGACAGCACAACGACCUUGCUCUGGAUGUUGCCAGACUGAUUGUGGAGCGCUCCACCAUCAUGUCCCACCUGUUCUCCAAGCUCUCCUACAGUGCUGAGUCAGAUGCAGUGCUCGUGGCUCUGCUCUCCAUCUUCUCCCGCUACAUCAAGCGCAUGCGGCAGAGCAAGGAGGGCGAGGAGGUGUACAGCUGGUCAGAGUCCCAGGAUCAGGUGUUCCUUCGCUGGACUAGUGGGGAAACAGCCACCAUGCACAUCCUUGUGGUCCAUGCCAUGGUUAUUCUGCUGACACUGGGGCCACCUCAAGCAGGGGAUGGUGAUUUUUACACCUUACUGGAUAUAUGGUUCCCUGAGAAAAAGCCCCUUCCUACUGCAUUUCUGGUUGACACCUCCGAGGAGGCUCUGCUGCUCCCUGACUGGCUGAAGCUGCGGAUGAUCCGCUCCGAGGUCCCACGGCUCGUGGAUGCAGCCCUGCAGGACCUGGAGCCACAGCAGCUGCUUCUCUUUGUUCAGUCCUUUGGAAUCCCAGUUUCCAGCAUGAGCAAACUUCUGCAGUACCUGGAUCAGGCAGUAUCUCAUGACCCACAGACGCUGGAGCAGAACAUCAUGGACAAAAACUACAUGGCUCAUCUUGUGGAGGUUCAACAUGAGAGAGGAGCAACAGGAGGCCAGACUUUCCACUCCCUGCUUACUGCCUCCUUACCAGCCCGCCGAGACAGCGCUGAGACUGCAAGGUCAAAAUCCAGUCCUGAAAACUCUCAAAGUCAGAGUCGGAUCCGGGCCUUGAGCCAGGUCCGUGUUCUGGGCCCAGAAGAUGAUCUGGCAGGAAUCUUGCUGCAGCUUUUCCCACUGACCCCGGACCCGCGGUGGCAGAACUCCAGCCUGCGGCCGCUGGCGCUGGCACUGCAGCAGUCCCUGGGGCAGGAGCUGGCCCGCAUCCGCCAAGGGGCCGCGCCGGAGAGCGGGGUCACGGCCAGCGGGGUCACAGGCACUGGGGUGACAGCCAGUGGAGCCACAGGCAGCGGGAUGGCGGCACGGCUGCUGCAGGCCGUGGCUGCGCUGCUCAACUCCGCGCACAGCGGCGCCCUGGUCAUGGCCAUGCACCGCCACCACUUCAUCUCCUGCCCGCUCAUGCGCCAGCUCUACCAGUACCACCGCUCCGUGCCACAGGACACUGCCUUCUCCUCGCUCUUCUUCAAAGUGCUCAUGCAGAUGCUGCAGUGGCUGGAGAACCCCGCAGUGGAAGAUGGUCCCCUGCGAGCUCAGCUGAAGGCCUUUGCUGUGCAAUACUCCUCAAGGCACAGGAUCACUGAUGUUCGAGGUGGCUUCUUGCACCUCACAGAAGCUCUUUCUUUCCGUCGUGACCCGGACUUGAUCAGCUCCACAGUCUGUGCCAUCAUUGCAACCCUGAAAUCAGGAGAGAAGUGUAAUGUGGAGCCAGAGCUCAUCAGCAAAGUCCUUCAAGGUCUGAUUGAAACCCACUCUCCGUACCUGGAGGAGCUCCUGACUGUCCUCUUCUCAGCUACUGUUGAGACCAGGUGUCCUGCCAUGAAACCAAUUGCUGUGGUGUGCUCCUUGUUGCUCCAGGACAAAGAAGAAACCCCAGUAAAGAAGGAGGUGGAGAGCUGCAGUGCUGAAUCAGCUUGGCCAGGGCCUGCCUCUGGCCUUCUCAAUGACUGGCUGGAGAUGUUGGACCCAGAGGUCAUCAGCAGCUGCCCUGAUCUACAGCAGAAGCUGCUGUUCUCCUGGAACAAAGCAGGGUCCCAGGUGCCCUCCUUCCGCCCCUACCUCUUGGCUCUUCUGACUCACCAGUCCAGCUGGACCACACUGCACCAGUGCAUCAGGCUUCUGCUUGGCAGGAACAGGGAGCAAAGGUUUGACCCAACUGCAUCCUUGGAUUUCUUGUGGGCCUGUAUUCACAUUCCUCGGAUCUGGCAGGGAAGGGACCAGAGAACUCCUCAGAAACGCCGUGAGGAAUUUGUGCUCCACCUGAAGGCAUCAGAACUGAUCAGCAUGGUGGAGCUGAUCCUGGCUGAAGCAGAGACCAGAUACCAGAACACUGACGAGGCCUCCUGCACACUCAUCCAGUCCCGGCUGCCGCUGUUGCUCAGUUGCUCUCAUGGAGACCUUGAGAACAUCAAAAAAGUAACAGAAUAUUUGACCAGCUGCAUCCAGCAGUGGGGAAGCAGUUCUGUGGGGAAAUGCUGCCAGGACCUUCUGCUGCAGAUAUACCUGCAACUACCUGAGCUCCUGGUCCCUAUGCCUGAGAUGCUUCUUACCAGUGAAGGAGCCAGAGACAGCAGCACUUGCAAGCUUGAUGCCCUGGUUCACAGAUUCAUUAACCUCCUCGCAGACACCAGUGACUCCAAGUCAUCCGAAAGCCGCGUGUGGGAUGCCAAUAUGGCCUGCAGGAAGCUGGCUGUGGCUCAUCCCAUCCUUCUCCUUAGGCACUUGCCAAUGAUUGCAGCACUGCUGCACGGCCGCGUUCACCUCAAUUUCCAGGAAUUCAGGCAGCAGAACCACUUGACCUUCUUCAUCCAUGUCCUGGGGAUCCUGGAGCUGCUCCAGCCGCAGGUCUUCCAGAACGAGCACCAGGCGGCACUCUGGGACUGUCUCCUGUCCUUCAUCCGGCUGCUGCUGAACUACAGAAAAUCCUCACGGCACCUGGCUGCCUUCAUCAGCAAGUUUGUGCAGUUUAUCCACAAGUACAUCACGUGCAAUGCCCAGGCAGCUGUCUCCUUCUUGCAGAAGCACUCGGAUCCACUCCAUGACCUGUCAUCAGACAACAGUGACCUAGCAAUGCUCAAGUCCCUGCUGGCUGGGCUGAGUCUGCCUAGUAAGAGUGGCAUCUUGGACAGGGGCUCUGAUGAAGAGAAGGAUGAAGAAGCAGCUGCUGGCUCUCUCCCCCUGGUCAGCGUGUCCCUCUUCACUCCCCUCACGCCGGCUGAAAUGGCCCCGUAUAUGAAGAGGCUCUCCAGAGGCCAGACAGUGGAGGAUAUCCUGGAGGUUCUGACAGACAUUGAUGAGAUGUCCAGACGGAGGCCAGAAAUUCUUGCCUUUUUUGCUACAAACCUGCAGAAGCUGAUGAGUUCUUCAGAGGAUUCCUGCCGAAACCUGGCCUUCAGCCUGGCUUUGCGCUCCAUCCAGAACAACCCCAGCAUUGCUGCAGAUUUCCUGCCCACCUACAUGUACUGCCUGGGCAGCCGAGACUUCGAGGUGGUGCAGACAGCACUGAGGAACCUGCCUGAAUACACCCUCCUUUGCCAAGAGCACGCAGCAGUGCUGCUGCACAGGGCCUUCCUGGUGGGCAUGUACGGCCAGAUCGACACCAGCUCUCAGAUCUCAGAGGCCUUGAAGAUUCUGCACAUGGAGGCCAUGAUAUGAACAUGGGGUUCUGGGAGUUCCACUUCCAGAGGACUUAAUUUAAUGGACUCAUCAGCUGCAUUUCAGCCCUUUAAGAAGAACACUGUGUUGCAACCCAUGUGCUGGAGGAUCAAAGAGGUGAUGUGGCAGGCCAGACUGGGCUGGAAAAGAAGAAGGUGCUGACUGAAGAUCAGAAAGGGGCAAGGAUCAAUCUGGCUGGCUGAGAUGCCAUUAUUGUGGGAGAAAAAUCUCCUAAACAUUGUGCCAAACAGGGACCACUUCCUUCUUGGGGUCUUGGGGCAGUGGCUGUUGGUUUGCUGUUUGGGUUUUUUUGUCUCUCCAAGAAGGCAGCGCUCCUGGGAGAGCAGAAGGGAGUGAGUGAUGGCCCUUAAUUGAAGUGUCUGCACUCUCUGUGUUGGAGAGAACAUGCAGAUUUGUGCAGGGGGAGAGACCACUUUGGUUUCUGGGGGUGGGUGUUUUUUUAUUUUAUAAUUAAAAUCCUCUUUGUUUCGAUUGUGCCUUUCUCUGCUC